AUGGAUGUUUUCGGCCUCUGUGGCAUUGUGUCCAGUUUUGAACUCGUAUUAAAAAAGGGACUUUUAGAAUUUGACCUGGAGUGUUCUAAGAAAUAUGGCAAAUUAUGGGGCUUCUACGAAGGCAGACAGCCCAUUCUGGCCAUCAUGGACCCUGCCAUCAUUAAGACGAUUCUGGUCAAGGAGUUCUACACCCUGUUCACCAACCGACGGAACUUUGGCUUAAAUGGAAGCUUGGAAUCGAGUCUCACUGUCCUAGAGGAUGAGAAGUGGAAAUGGAUCCGAGCUGUUGUCUCUCCAACCUUCUCCAGCAGGAAGCUCAAGGCGAUGUUCUCCCUCAUGAAACGUCAUGGAAACAUUCUGGUGCAAAACAUUGAGAAGACAGUGGCUCUGGAUGAGGUGAUAGACAUGAAGGAGAUUUUUGGAGCCUACAGUCUGGAUAUUGUCACCAGCAUGUCCUUUGGUGUGGACACUGAUUCUAUCAGCAAUCCUGAUGAUGUUUUUCUCCGCUAUACAAAGAAGUUGAUCUCCUUCAGCUUUGUGAGUCCUCUGAUAAUCCUCACAGUGAUGUUUCCAUUCCUUUUGCCACUGUUGGAAAAGAUGAAUAUGACUCUACUUCCCCAGGAGGCAAUGGACUUCUUUGUGACUAUAAUCCGACAUCUUAAGGAGCAGCGAAGAGCAAGUGGACGCAGGGACCAUGUGGAUUUGCUACAGCUGAUGAUCAAUUUCCAGAACACAGUCAGUCACAAGUCCAGCAAGGCAAACCAGUCCCCAAGAGCUUUGACAGACGAAGAGAUUUGCGCUCAAGCCACCACCUUUGUUUUUGCUGGAUAUGAGACCACAAGCUUAACCCUCAGCUUCAUAGCUUACAACCUGGCCAUUCACCCUGAGGUGCAAGCGAAGCUUCAAGAGGAAAUAGACAGAGCCUUGCCCAACAAGAAAGACCCCGACUACGACAUCCUCUUCCAGUUGGAGUACCUGGACAUGGUGGUGAAUGAGACCCUCCGACUCUUCCCUCUGGGGGGACGUCUGGAGAGAGUGUGCAAGAAGUCUGUCAAUAUCAAUGGGGUGACCAUCCCCCAAGGAACAUUGGUAAUAAUUCCCACCUACGUUCUGCACCGUGACCCCAAGUACUGGCCCAAGGCAGAAGAGUUCCGUCCUGAGAGGUUUAGUAAAGACAACAUGAGAAAGAUGGAUCCCUAUGUGUUCCUCCCCUUUGGGCUUGGGCCCCGGAUGUGCGUUGGCAUGAGGUUUGCUCUCCUGUCCAUCAAGCUGGUGAUGGUCCUGCUCCUGCAGAACUUCUCUUUGGAGACGUGCAAAGAGACCCCGAUCCCCCUAGAUCUGGACACCAGCCGCUUCAUGCACCCCAAGAAACCCAUCAUGCUAAAGCUCACCCCCAGAAGAAGGGUCGCAUCCUAG